AUGGCGACGAUGCGAGGAACGCGUGUGCCUAUUGGCUCCGCGUCAUGGGUUAACGAAGAACGAACUACAGCCCUUAGUAUCGUUCAGGCUGAGGCCGAAGAGUUCUCUUUUGCCGCGAGAAACGAGUUUGACUGGCUUAAUGAGCAUAUGGCUGGGGUCUUCAACGAGAACGAAAUCAAUGUCGCCGAGAUCUUCAAGACACCUGGAAAGCUUCGAAGCAAAACGCCCCGAACGGCGCGUAAGGUCGACAAUGGCGAGCCUCGUAUCCCACUAUCAGAUGUGUUCUCUUCCACUCCCAACGGCGCCCCAAACACUUUCACACAACAUCUUACUCGCGCUACUCCCACUGCCAACCCUGUGCCAUCAACAUUGUCACCUUUGAUCAACAGGAAUAUUUCGCCCCUCAAGGCUGCCCCCUCCCCUAGGCCGGUUUCGAAACAGCCCGUUGCACUAGCCGAUUCCGGAUAUUAUGGCAGCCAGGAUGUCGACAACGUGGACAACGAAGAAGACGACGACGACGACAUGGAUGUCGACCUGAUCGAAGAGGAGACACAGAUCGGCGAGCCACGAUCGAGCCCCCCAAAGACUGCUGGACGUACCGGCCAUGUCGCCUUCGAGGCCAUCGAGCAGAACGCGCCUCAAAGCCCUACCGAAACACGUACUAUACGCUCUCCUGAAGUUACUUUCCAGACGGCCAAGGAAGAGCAGACAACGCGGGUUAUACGCGAUCUCACCGAGGAAGCUCCAUCCUCAGCAUCGUCCAAGACCUCAGCUGCCCCAAGCCCGGCCAAGGAAGCCAGAACGCCCUCGCCUCCUAUCGUGUCACCCACGCCCCGUUCCGCAAAAAAGAGCGUGUCACCUAUCAAAGCCUCACCUCAGAAGCGCUCCCCAGCGAAGCAGUCUUCACCGCCAUCCUCACCUGUGCUUGGAGCUGCACCAUCUCCUAUGCCCGAGCCUUCGCCUGCUGCCGAAUCACACGAUGAUGUGGAUGUCCACAUGGACGAUGAUACACGAUCACCAUCCGACGACGAGUCGAGCCCGAUCCGCCCAGUCAGGAAGAGCAGCCUCAACUUUGCUUCACUUCCUGCUAGAGAGCCUCUUAAGAAUAAGAGUAUCGGGGCCCGCGUCUCCAGGACCAGUCACUUGGAUAUGAACCGUCAGAGUUACUAUGGUAGGCAAACGGGAGGAAAGAGUUUAGGAAACAACAUGGAGCUACUUGGGGAAUCAGACGACGAGGAAGGCAACGACGACGGAAUGAGCAUCGAUGGCUCAGCCGAAGACAAGAAGGAGGUCGACAACUACGCUUCUAACCACAACAAAACAUACACUCAACGACUACAAGACCAAAUCAACUUGCUCGGUAAAUCUCAACCAAACGCAAGCCGACCUUCAAAGUCGAUCCCGAGCUCGGCGGUUGCGCAACAGCUUGCGCAAACGACUGCGGCCCAAUUAGUUGAAGAUGCCAAGGCAGCAACACCCGCGAAGAAGUCCGCUGCACCGCCAACUCCUGGGGCGUUCCCGGAGGACGAUGAAGAAGAAGACGAAGUGGAAGAAGGCGAAGAGGAUGACUGGAUUGCGCCUCCUGUGCCUGCGAAAGAUACGCCCUUGGCCAGUCCACGACCGCAUUUGCCUAAGAGCCACACUGCGGACGUCAUGGAAGGCAUUGACAGGGCAGACACCGUCAGCGGUCCUGAAUUUGCUUUUCCUAAGCAGCGGCAAUCUCCUGGUCGCUCAGGCUCCCCCAAGCGGGCACCUGUCAUCCCUGAGCGUACCACCAGUGUGUUUGGACACGGCAAAUCUGCCUCCGUUUCUGUCUUGCCCGAUCUUUCGAAGGACAAAAUGGUUGAAGACCUGUCCCCAGCCAAGAAGCAUGUUUCUGUCUCCAACCCUCUGUCAGCUGUGCCGGAGGAUGGACGCCCCGAGACCCCCCAAUCGCCUACACGAAGCUUCCGGGACAGUCCAUUGAAACAGGUCAAGAACAAGCUGUCUUCUAUUCUGAAAAGUUCCAAGGGUCUUCUUGCGAGCAGUGCGGCUAUCAGCGCUGAGGGCAAAUCUUCGCUAAUGUCACCUUCCACCACUCGCUUCGGCAUCAACCCCGGUCCCUCUACAGACUCGAUUGUGCCCCAGUCAGUCGCCGCAGAGCCAUUGUAUCCUGACCUUUCCAAGCGAAUUGCAGCCGAUGCUCAAACACUCUCUAGCAUGGGAAGCCCUGAGAAGCCCGUUGCGCGCAGAACGCGGGCUUCCGUUGAGAAGGAGAAGGAAGACAAGCGGAAAGAGAAAGAGGCCAAGCUGAUGGCUGAUCAGAUGAGCAAGCUGGACAAGGCUCGUGCAGAUGAGCGGGAAAAGGCCCGGACUUUCAGCAAAGAGCAAGAGAAGAUUGCCGCGAUGGAGAAGAAGAUUGCUGCUCAAAAGGAGAAGGAACCUGAACAGGAGCAAGUCAGGGAGGUUGAACGACCUGCUCGAACGCCGGCCCCGAAGGAAGCACCCAAGCCUACAAGGACUAGCCCUCGCAAGGCCAAGGCUCAAGCUGAGGCCGAGGCUGCUGCCCAGGCCUCACAGUCAGAAAAGCCUGAUGUAGAAAUGGCUGAAGCGCCAACCCCCAGGCCGCCGCCAUCCGCUCCUCGCUCUGUUGGCCCUAGCCAGACGGCCAGGCAGCGAGAACUCAGGCGUCCGAUGAAGCCAACCAAGGAAGCGCCCAGCAAGAUCAAGCAAGCACCUACCGUCAUUCGCGUUAACACCGGCUCGCAACACUCGCAGUUCCACCCCUCCAACAGCACAUUAUCAUCGGGCCUACAAGAGACACUGGGCUCCUCAAUCAAGUCCAAAUCAAGCCAGCCAGGCUCACAUAGCAAGCAGUCUCUGGCGAGCAUGAAGAGCUCUGUCUCGUCCAACGGCCGACCGAAAGCACUCGAGCUUGCCGCCAAGCGAAAGGAACAAGAAGAGCGGGAGGCCCAACGGAAGAGAGAUGCGAAGCUCGAACUCGAACGCAAACGCGCUGCGAUUCAAGAGGAGGAGCGCAAGCAGGAACUGCAAAGGCGGCAAGAGGCAGAGAGACAGAGGGAGAGGGACAGGGAGCAAGCCGAGGCGAAGAAGAGCGCACAGAGACAGGCAGCAAUUGAGCGUGCCAAGCAGACCCGAGCACCGCCGCCUGCUGUGCGCUCUCAGCCCAAUGGCCCUCCCGACUACACCGCCAGCCAACGCUCCGAUGGCCAGCCUCCCCGGCCUCCGUCCCGAAUGAACUCAAUGGCCCAUCGGUCUCAAGAGGAUCGACCGGUCAAUGCUGUUCUCUCAAACGCUUCGAAGCCAGGCUCGAAGCGUCCCCUGCCGCAAGACAGCAGAGAGGACACUGGCUCGCGCAACCCUCCCGCACGUAACGGGCAAUCUUACAAAACCCAAGAAGCCAAGCGUCGUCGCACUAGUGAUGACUUUGCUGAUGAGCUUGACAUGGACAUUCAACCACCCAACAUCAAGGGCCCUCCUGUUCGCCCUCCGUCAGUUGGUUUCAAGAAGGUUGGUUACCCAUUGCUCAGUGCGCACGAGGGGAGCUAUACUAACGUGGAUCAUCAGGAUAUACCCACUAAGUCGACGUACGGCUACACCAACGCACCACCGAGUGCCUCCAGAGAUUUGUUCAAGUCUACCGUCACCGCCCAGCACCACAGCACAAUCAAGUCCACAAAGCAAGUGGAUAUGAAUCAGUUUGCUCAGGGACACAUUCCAUUCGCGCCCAAUCCAAACCCUGCCGGCCCGGCUCAUAAGACACCAGCGCGACCUAUGGGUGCUGCAAGCACCAAGUCUACCGCAAAGGCCACGAGAUCGUCUCCUCGAUUCCAAGACGGCGAAAAGAUUGAGCUGCCCGAAAUCGAUACAGAUGAGGACGAAGAUGAUGACGACUCCCACUUUGGCGUUGCCCCUUGGGCUGAUUCGCCUGAUUUGAGACGCGCCCUCAUGAAACAGGAAACCAUGAACCCUGAGGGUAUCUUUGGGCCUCCCCGUGCCCUUAACAUGGAGGAAGUGUUUAACAACAAGGAGAGAUGGCACAAGUUCCGCGCACGCACAUCAAGCGCUAACUGGAGUGGAUCGGAUCGCUUGACAGAAGACGAGAUUAGGAAGGAUCUUGCAGCUCGCGACAAGCUUCGCAGAGAGGGUGGUUGGUCCUACGAGAUGAGCAAGGACUUGAUGUGA